GGAGAGAGAAUAGCAAUUUGACGGAAAUUGAAACAGAGAAAAAGAGAGAGAGUGUUCUCUCCAUCAAUGGGAGGCGCGGUUCCUGAUUGAGCGAGAGGGGACUGAGAGGAAGAGAGUUUGUGAAAGGUGCCGGCUCUCGGGGUUUAGAGAGAGAGAAGGGGGAAAAUGCCGAGCACACCAGUGGUGAUUGGGGCUCUUCUAGGGUUGGGAACUCAGGUCUAUUCCAAUGCCCUACGUAAGCUGCCCCUGAUGAGACACCCUUGGGAGCAUCUGCUGGGGAUGGGGCUCGGUACCAUAUUCACAACACAGCUAGUCAAGUGGGACUCCAAGCUGCAGGAGGAUCUUGAUAAGAUGCUUGAAAAGGCCAAGGCUGCUAAUGAGAGGAGAUACCUUGAUGAUGAUGAAGACUAAAGCGGCACUGGCAUCAAAGCGUGCAAAGGGUUAUGUAGCAUGCAUGUGUCUGUCGUAUGGGAUACAUAGAAGCCCAUCCACCAUUGCCUUCCUCAACGAAUGAUAGCGAUGAGUUGUUCCGCUGGUAGGCUGUGGAGCAGACAAUGGCUCAUCUCCGUCAUCUGUUGAUGGGAUAGAUGGUGGAUUGCUAGAAGAUGUGAUGUUUUCCCUUUUUCUUUUUGCAAUAGUUUCGGGACCAAAGCAAAGGACCAAACUUUCUUUAUGUUAUCCUCUGCUUUGCUACAUGAGCAAUGACUUUAUUUAAAUGGGAUUAUAUACUAUUAGACCACUUAUCUUUAUUACAAGGUCACAAUUGUUCUUAGUC